CCUCCAGUCUGAAAAAUCAGGUCCAGUUCAAUCACGUGCCCACUGACCCCUCUAGGCUGCCUCCUGCCCAACAGAAUAUCCUAAACCCAUCAAUAAUGUUCUCCCAUCUCCCCCAGUCUGGCAUGCCACCUCAGCUCUCUUCUCAACAUGCUCAGCCUUUCGAUCCUACAUCCUUUCUCCCUCAGCACUUCAUGCAGGAGUUCCUUCGGCUGAGCACCCCCGUCGGUCAAAGCCCCGACGACGAUACUGUUCUUGCUCGGGCCCUGCAUGAUAGCAAACAGAACGGCAAGACUUACAGACAGGCCCUCGAGGGCCUUCACGGCGUUAAUAACCAUGCCGCUAACCUAUGGAAAGACUACUACCUUGAUCACCACGAUCGUAUCGAAAUGCUCGUCUCUCGUCUUAGCCAUCCACCUAAAACUGUCAAGAAACCAUUUACCACCUUUCCCAUUCCCAUUGCCGAAGAGCAGUCAGGAACCAGUUCAUCUCAAGCCACUCAGAAGCGCAAGGUGUCCCCCACUCCAGCUUCCAGUCGCCCCUCUCCCAAACCACGGGCUCAGCCUCCUAAACAGUUCCCAAGUAGACGUGUCUCCCAUACUCCUCCAGUUCAGACUGCCAUCACCAACCGCCCACCAAAACGCGCUAGAGCGACCAUCAACAGCUUGUCUGUGGACUCUAUAUCGAUGGCCAACAGCAUGGUUCAUGGCUUGACGCCCCCGCACGCAGAUAUUUUGGUUCCCGACCCGCCUUCGCGAUCCCCAUCACCUCCCACAAAAAUACAUGUAGGGACCCACGGAAACAGGUAUACACUGGAAGACCGGGACUACUUCAUCAAAUUCAUCACUUGGACUCUGAAACAGGACCCUUCAUUGACAAAAAGGCAGCUAUGUGACCUGCUAGCUGCCAAGGUACCCCACCACUCCAGUACUUCUUGGGCAUCGCACUGGCAUGCUCGUCACGACCUGGCAGAUAAAAUUCUGGCGACUUAUCGGAGAAGAGCAGACACAGGGGAGGAGGAUGCAGAUUCCGAGCCAGAGUCAGCAGUGCAUACCAGCGAACAUGGUUGGCCAGAUUGGAGCGAUCAUGAUGCUGAUACAGAAGACGACGAAGCCGACAUGGGUGAACCGGGAACACCUUUCACACGUGGAGAUUGGUGCAUGCUGGCAAGAUUCAUAGCCCGGACUGACUGGCAUAACAUGACGAGCAAGGAACGGUUUGAUACAUUUUCCGAAUCUUAUGACACGGAACGAUCUGCAAAAUCAUGGGCCGAAUUUUAUCGUAAAAACGAACAUGCGCUCUUAAACCUGGCAAAGAGAUAUCCAAAACAAAACAAAGAUAGCGAAGAUAUAUACAGUCGACGUGCAUAUCCGUCGUGGGCGCAGAAGUGUGCCGCUAGCGAUAGAAUUGCUCUAUCAGAUGAGGACGGCGACCAUGAAAUUGAUGAGGCGACGACUGAGUACUGAGUCAAGUCUCGUGCAUCCUCACGAACCCAGAGUCGUGUUCGAUGCACUCUUAAUGUCAUCCGGGUUAGCAUUGGUACUUACACUACAUAGCGUAGUUUAUAGACUCAGUGUAGGAGGUAAGCCCACACGUGGCUAAUAUGGAGUAUAUACAUAAGUCACUGCG